CUGUGCUUCUUAGAUCUUUGCCAAUGUGCUCGACGGACAGGGGGUCCUUUGGCUGGCGUGUCAGAUCUUCACAGCCCCAGUUAACAUUUAGAAUCCCACCUUUUCGGCCGACGCCUCUCUAAAUUCGGAAAUCGGGGAAAGCAAGGAAAUCAAGGCACCAUGAUCACCUCGAAGAUGCGCCUGCACCGAGCACAGAUCCCGAGGAUCCUGGUCAUGGGUCGCUGCUACAACUGGGGCAACUAUGAUGCCAGCUCCGGCGAGUGCUGCAAGAUGCGCGACAAGGAUACCACCGCCUGCAAGCAUGGCAAAUGGUUCUGCCCGAUCGAGUACGAGGCCAACAAGUGCUACGAGAAACCCUCCUUUGGGGAGAGUCUGUAUCCCAAGUACCUCCAGGAGAUCUAUCAGCGGGGCAAGCCCGACACUCCGGCGGACUGCUACAAGAAGCUGAUCCGCCACGACAUCGAUCACUACAAGCCGUCGGACAAGUACCGCCGAUACCAACGCACCUGGCCCGAGUGCCCACUCCUCUGGCUGCGGCCCAAGGACACCUGCUGUCCCGAUCCGGAGAUAUAUCCGCCCAUGAAGCGCCGCAUCCGUCCGCCGCUGGAGCCGCCGCUCUCGGCCAUCGACAAGCACCUCUUCCAGAUGAGCAUCUUCUGCAAGUCGGUCAGGCCCCCCGGUUGCAAGGCGGGCCGCCGACCACCCAAAUGCAUCAGAGAACGCAGAGUCACCGACUGCUGCAAGAAGACGGCUCCAAUGCCCAGCUUUUCGGAGGCCUGUCGCCACCUAAUACCGCGAUUCUGCCGCUCCGAGUGCGCCUGUCUGGGGGCGACUUCGUGCGACAUGUGGAACGCGUACCGUCGGUGGAACAAGUCGGGCAGGCCCUGCACCAAGCCCUUUAUCGGCUACUCUCCCUAUAGAUCCCGGCUGCGCUUCCCUUUCUGAGGGGAUACAGCUUCAUUCCUG